AGGCAGAAUCCAGAUGGGCCCCCACCCAGAUCCUUGAGGUAUCCCUUGCGCUUCCCUUUGUAGAUCUGGCUGUCAAAUCUCCACCCCACAGUACCCCCUUUCUUCCUAAAACUACUGCACGGGGUGCUCCGCCCAGCGCCGGAAGACCAGGGCAGCCAGCCCCGCCUCGCGGCCUGCACAGCUCCCAUAAGUCGGGCUGGGCAGCGUAUAAACGGGCGGGAGCUCUGCGAGCAGCACCGGUGUCGCCUUCUACCGCUGCUCGACGGUGCUCGCACCUUGACCCGCCAGGGCAGCCAGGCAACCAGCGGGGCAGCCCGGCCUGUCCGCGCCCCCUGAAGUCAUGGCUGUCAGGAAAGCCCUGAUUGUGCUGGCCCACUCAGAGAAAACAUCCUUCAACUAUGCCAUGAAGGUGGCUGCUGUGGAAGCUUUGAAGGAGAAAGGAUGGGAUGUGCUUGAGUCAGACCUCUAUGCUAUGAACUUCAACCCUCUCAUCAGCAGAGAGGAUAUCAAAGGUAAACUGAAAGAUACUGGGCACUUUCAGUAUGCUGCUGAGUCUGGUCUAGCUUAUCAGGAAGGUCGUCUGAGCCAAGAUAUUGUGGCUGAACAAAAGAAACUAGAAGCUGCGGACUUGGUGAUUUUUCAGUUCCCACUACAGUGGUGUGGAGUACCUGCCAUCAUGAAAGGCUGGUUUGAGCGAGUGUUUACCUCAGGGUUUGCUUACACGUAUGCUGCCAUGUAUGACCAAGGACCUUUUCGGAAUAAGAAAGCAGUACUUUCCAUCACCAUGGGUGGCAGUGGCUCCAUGUACUCUCUGCAGGGUGUCCACGGGGACAUAAAUAUCAUCCUCUGGCCAAUUCAGAGUUGCAUUCUACAUUUUUGUGGCUUCCAAGUCUUAGAACCUCAACUGACAUACAGCAUUGGGCAUACACCAUCAGAUGCCCGAACUCAGAUCCUGGAAGGAUGGAAGAAACGCCUAGAGAAUAUUUGGAAUGAGUCCUCACUGUACUUUGUUCCGACUAACCUCUUUGACCUCAACUUUCAGGCAGGAUUCUUAAUGAAAAAGGAGGUACAGGAAGAGCAGAAAAGCAAGAAAUUUGGCCUCUCUGUGGGUCAUCAUUUGGGCAAAUCCAUUCCAACUGACAACCAGAUCAAAGCCAUAAAAUAAGAUUAAUAGAACUUGAUAUCCUAGUACAAUGUACCCAAAGCAGGACACAUCAGACUUAGACUUACUUGAUGCACCUUUAAGAUUUUUUUAAGGUGCUCUAUAUUAUUUAAUUUCUUUAGAGAUAAAUUUUUAGGGCUAAGUCUGAGUAGACACCAUCCAACUCAUCAGUGAUCUAUUUUUCUUUUAAUUAAUUCUGUGGUUUGUGGCAGAAGGGAAUUGCUCAGAGAAAGAAAUGACUGAAUGUCUUACUUAAGGGACUUGUUUAAGAAUUAGUCAUCUAUAGUUCUAUAUAAUAUACAUUGGUUUUAAUUAUUAUACCCUGACAAAUAUGGCUAUAGAGUGUUACUUUCUUCAGCUUGUUAUUUGUAUAUAGUACAGAUACCUUGAAUGAAAAGUUAUUAAACGUUCCUUCUUUACUUCA